AUGGCGGCUCGCCCAGGUUACGGCCAGCCCGACCCUAGAAACCCGUUCAACAACCAGCCCUACCCUCAGCAAGCCGGCUUCCCGCAGCCUCAGCCCCAAUAUCCCGGCGGCCUCCAGCCUAACUACAACCAGAGGUCCGACUACGAUGACGGCGAGAGCGAUCACUACGGCUCCCGCAACACCUCGACCGCCCACCUCGCCGGAAACUACGACCAGGCUAGCGAAUACGGCGGUUACGAGAAAAGCAACUACGCGCCCUCUAUAGACUCGCAUGCCAGCCAUAUACCCCAAGGCCCUCCCGGCUCUAACGACCCAUAUCCCGCCUGGUCGGCCGCUAACCAGGUGCCCAUCUCGUACGAGGAGAUUGAGGACAUCUUCCUCGACCUCACCCAGAAGUUUGGCUUCCAGCGCGACUCGAUGCGCAACCAGUUCGACUACCUGAUGCAACUUCUCGACUCGCGGGCUUCGCGCAUGGGUCCCAAUCAGGCACUGACCACCCUUCAUGCGGACUACAUCGGCGGACAGCAUGCCAAUUACCGCAAGUGGUACUUCGCCGCCCAGCUUAACCUCGACGAUGCCGUCGGCCAGUCGCAGAACCCGGGUCUCCAGCGCCUGCGCAGUGUCCGCGGCGGUCCCGCCCCCGGCAACAACAAGACGCUCGACAGCGCUAUCAACCGCUGGCGCACGGCAAUGAACAACAUGAGCCAGUACGACCGCCUGCGCCAGCUCGCCCUUUUCCUCCUCUGCUGGGGUGAGGCUGGGAAUGUGCGCUUCACGCCGGAGUGCUUGUGCUUCAUCUUCAAGUGCGCCGACGACUAUUACCGGAGCCCGGAGUGCCAGAAUCGCACCGACUCGGUGCCGGAAGGCGUGUACCUCGAGGCGAUCAUCAAGCCGCUUUACCGCUUCAUGCGCGACCAGGGCUACGAGGUCUCCGACGGCAAGUUCGUGCGCCGCGAGAAGGACCACCACGAGAUUAUUGGCUACGACGACAUUAACCAGCUGUUCUGGUACCCCGAGGGUAUCGCUCGCAUUGUGCUCCAGGACGGUAAACCGCUUGUGGAUUUCCCACCGCCACAGCGCUUCAUGAAGCUCGCACGCGUGGACUGGAACCGCGUUUUCUUCAAGACUUACUUCGAGAAGCGCUCGACUGCGCACGCGCUUGUCAACUACAACCGCAUCUGGGUCCUCCACGUGGCCGUCUACUGGUUCUACACCGCAUUCAACUCGCCCCGCGUCUAUGCUCCCAAGGGUCUCAAAGAUCCCUCGUCGCCCAUGACCUGGUCCGCAACAGCGCUCGGUGGAGCUGUCGCGACGGGCAUCAUGAUUCUUGCCACGAUCGCCGAAUUCUUUUACAUCCCCACGACCUGGAAUAACGCAUCCCAUCUCACGACGCGCCUAAUCUUCCUACUCGUGGUCCUGGCCAUCACGGGCGGACCGACUGUCUACAUCGCGCUCGUCGACGGCCGCCCAGAUAAUGGCCAAGUGCCGCUUAUCAUCGGUGUCGUCCAGUUCUUCAUUUCAGUCGUGGUCACGAUCAUUUUCGGUGUCGUACCCUCUGGCCGGAUGUUUGGGGACCGUGUCGCUGGCAAGGCUAGGAAGUACAUGGCCUCGCAGACCUUCACGGCUUCGUACCCGGCACUCGGCCGCAGCGCACGGAUGGGCUCGAUCUCCCUUUGGGUCCUCAUCUUCCUGUGCAAGUACGCCGAGUCGUACUUCUUCCUGACGUCCUCUUUCUCGAGUCCCAUCGCCGUCAUGGCGCGCGUGACCAUCAAGGACUGCAACGACAAGUACUUCGGGAACGCACUCUGCGCAAACCAGGUCCCCUUCACGCUCACGAUUAUGUACGUCAUGGACCUCGUCCUGUUCUUCCUCGACACCUACCUCUGGUACAUCAUCUGGCUCGUCGUUUUCUCCAUCGCCCGUUCGUUCGCCCUCGGCCUCUCCAUCUGGACGCCGUGGAAGGAUGUGUACACCCGUCUACCGAAGCGCAUCUACGCCAAGCUGCUCGCGACCGGUGAGAUGGAGGUCAAGUACAAGCCGAAGGUCCUCGUAUCGCAGAUUUGGAACGCCGUCGUCAUCUCCAUGUACCGCGAGCAUCUGCUCUCCAUCGACAACGUUCAGCGCCUGCUUUACCACCAGACGGACGGUCCCGAUGGUCGUCGUACGCUGCGCGCCCCGCCGUUCUUCACAAACAACGACGGCAAUGGUUACAAGGGCAACUUCUUCCCAGCCGGUGGCGAAGCAGAGCGCCGUAUCUCGUUCUUCGCCUCGUCCUUGACGACGGCGCUUCCGGAGCCGCUCCCUGUCGACCAGAUGCCCACGUUCACUGUCCUCGUGCCGCAUUAUUCGGAGAAGAUUCUGCUCUCCCUUCGUGAGAUCAUUCGUGAGGAAGACCAUAACACCCGCGUCACACAGCUCGAGUACCUGAAGCAGCUUCACCCGGUCGAGUGGGACAACUUCGUCAAGGACACCAAGAUUCUCGCAGAGGAGGCACCGGAGGAUGGCGAUGAGAAGAGCAAGAAGCUCGAUGAUCUGCCGUUCUACUUCCUUGGAUUCAAGACCGCGUCGCCCGAGUACACCCUCCGCACACGUAUCUGGGCAUCGCUCCGCGCACAGACUCUCUACCGCACUGUCUCGGGCAUGAUGAACUACACGAAGGCCAUCAAGCUCCUUUACCGCGUCGAGAACCCGCAUAUCGUCCAGAUGUUCGGUGGCAAUACGGACCGUCUCGAGCGCGAGCUUGAACGCAUGGCACGGCGCAAGUUCAAGUUCUGCAUCUCCAUGCAGCGUUACGCCAAGUUCAACAAGGAGGAGAAAGAGAACGCCGAGUUCUUGCUGCGCGCGUAUCCGGAUCUGCAGAUCGCCUACCUCGAUGAGGAACCCGGCCCCAAGGGAUCUGACCCCAAGCUGUACUCGGUGCUCAUCGACGGUCAUUCGGAGAUUGACGAGGAAGGUCGCCGCCGCCCAAAGUUCCGCAUCGAGCUUCCCGGUAACCCUAUCCUCGGUGACGGAAAGUCGGACAACCAGAACCAUGCGAUCAUCUUCCACCGUGGUGAAUAUCUCCAGGUCAUCGACGCUAACCAAGACAACUACCUCGAGGAGUGCUUGAAGAUCCGGAACAUCCUGGGAGAGUUCGAGGAGUACCAGGUCUCGCAACAGAGCCCCUACGCACAAUGGGGCCACAAGGAGUUCUCGAAGGAUCCCGUGGCGAUCAUCGGUACCCGCGAGUACAUCUUCUCGGAGAACAUCGGUGUGCUCGGUGAUAUCGCUGCUGGCAAGGAGCAGACGUUCGGUACGAUGACGGCUCGCGCACUCGCCUGGAUCGGCGGCAAACUUCACUACGGCCACCCGGAUUUCCUCCACGCUACGUUCAUGACGACACGCGGUGGUGUUUCGAAGGCACAGAAGGGUCUGCAUCUCAACGAGGAUAUUUUCGCCGGUAUGAACGCCUUCGGUCGCGGUGGACGCAUCAAGCACUCGGAGUACUACCAGUGCGGCAAGGGACGUGAUCUUGGAUUCGGCACGAUCUUGAACUUCCAGACGAAGAUCGGCGCUGGUAUGGGCGAACAACAGCUCGCGCGCGAGUACUACUAUCUCGGAACGCAACUGCCUAUCGACCGCUUCCUCACGUUCUACUACGCUCACCCCGGCUUCCACAUGAACAACAUCUUUGUCAUCUACUCCAUCCAGGUCUUCAUGGUGACGCUGGUGUUCAUCGGAACGUUGAACAAAUCGCUCAAGAUUUGCAAACUCGACGAGGACGGCAAUGUGCUCGGUAACCAGGGAACGUGCUACAACUUGAACGAGGUCUUCCAAUGGGUCAAGCGCUGCAUCAUCUCCAUCUUCUUGGUGUUCUUCGUGGCUUUCUUGCCACUGUUCUUACAAGAGCUUGUCGAGCGCGGAUCCGGCAUGGCCAUGUUGCGGCUAGCGAAGCAUUUCCUGUCGCUCUCGCCCGUCUUCGAGGUCUUCUCUACACAGAUCUACUCGCAGGCCGUCCUGAACAACUUGACGUAUGGUGGUGCACGAUACAUUGCGACUGGCCGUGGUUUCGCGACCACACGCAUAUCAUUCACGAUCUUGUACUCGCGUUUCGCCGGUCCUAGCAUCUACAUGGCCAUGCGCAACCUGUUGCUGCUGCUCUACGCCUCGCUCGCAAUCUGGAUCCCGCACCUGAUUUACUUCUGGUUCUCGAUCUUAUCGCUCUGUAUCGCGCCGUUCGUCUUCAACCCUCAUCAGUUCUCUUUCGCCGACUUCAUCAUCGACUACCGCGAGUUCCUUCGCUGGAUGUCGCGCGGAAACUCGAGGACGAAGGCGAGCAGUUGGUACGGCUACUGCCGUCUCUCGCGUACGAUGAUCACAGGUUACAAGAAGAAGAAGCUGGGACACCCCUCGGAGAAGCUGUCUGGCGACGUCCCGCGUGCCAAAUGGCGGACGGUUAUCAUCGCAGAAAUCAUCUGGCCAAUCGGCGUUGCCAUCGUCUUCGUCAUCGCGUACAUGUUCGUCAAGUCAUUCCCGCAGAACGGCUUGCAGCCUCCAAGCCCGCUCAUCCGCAUUGCUGUCAUCGCUGUCGGUCCCGUCGUUUGGAACGCCGCAAUCCUCCUGGCAUUGUUCUUCGUCUCGCUGCUCAUGGGCCCGAUGAUGAGCUCAGUUCCGAAGUUCGGUUCGAUUGUCGCCGCUACGGCGCAUUUCUUCGCCCUUGUCGGCAUCGUCGCGUUCUUCGAGUUCUUCUGGUUCCUGGAGCUUUGGGAUAUCUCGCAUGCGGUUUUGGGCAUCAUCGCCAUCGUUGCCAUUCAACGCGCGAUCCAGAAGUUCCUCAUCGCUGUCUUCCUCACUCGUGAGUUCAAGCACGACGAGACGAACCGCGCAUGGUGGACUGGUCAAUGGUACGGCCGUGGCCUUGGAACGUCAGCAAUGUCGCAGCCUGCUCGCGAGUUCAUCGUCAAGAUUGUGGAGAUGACGCUCUGGACGAACGACUUCUUGCUCGGCCAUUUCCUGCUCAUUCUCCUCACCAUACCGACGUUGAUACCGUUCGUUGACCGCAUUCACUCGACGAUGCUGUUCUGGUUGCGCCCAUCCAAGCAGAUUCGCCCACCUCUGUUCUCGACGAAACAGAAGCGCCAGCGCCGCUGGAUUGUGUUCAAGUACACGCUUCUCUACAUCGUCGUCAUCAGCUUGCUGGUUGCUCUCCUUCUUCUCCCCCCGAUCUUCAAAAACGAGAUCACCUUCAAUUGCACGGUCUGCAGCAAGAUCUAA